GGCAGUGAAUAAGAACAGUGGGUCGCAGAAGUAGUUAAAAAACAACAGGCAAAAACUUCAUGGGCGAGAGAUCGUCUGCGCGUAUAUAGUAAUCGGACUUCCUUGCCGCCGUAGUCAAAGAAAUCUGGGGUCUAGAAUUCUUUUUCAGCGCCUGGAUUUUCCGGGAGAUUUACGCUACCGUAAUCAGGAAUAGUUCAAGGCGAAGGAUUUUUUGCACAGGGCUACAAAGGGUAGAUCUUUCGCAGCAGAGAACGAGUUAUGGAAGUACCGCCUGAUGCGAACGGAGAAUUUGGACUUGAGCAAGAUGGGCAGCAAACUCCUGGCGCAGGAAUUAAAAGAGACUCAAUAUCCUUCGAUUUGGAUUUUGAAAAGGCACGAAAAGUUCCCAAGCUUUGUAUUAAAAUACCACUCGCUGAAGUCAUCCCAGUCAACGGUGUAGAGUCUGGUGAAGAGGAGACAUUUGCAUCAGAUGACAUAGUAAGAGACUUGAGUCAGAAGCAUGAAGAAACAGCACCAGCACUAAGCUGUCAUACCUGUGGGGAAGAAAUAUACAGUGAAGAGUUUGUUAAUAAUGAAAAACUCUACUGUAGUGAGGAAUGUAUGGAAAAAGAAAGUUUUGUUGUUGGUGCAGAUACAACAAGAAAAAGGGUUCACGCAACAAGACAGAAUUUUCUGUCAGAUCUUGACAAGCCUUCAGGUAGUGUUAGAGACAUGAAAAGACAAUGCAGAGGGCUUGGAAUGGCUGCAUCCAUUCAAGAACUUAUUGGGUGUCCUACGCCGGGAUGUGAUGGAAAAGGACAUGUUAAUGGAAAGUUUGCAUCACACCGAAGUGUCUAUGGCUGCCCAUAUGUACAGAAAACCAGUAGAAGAUUUUCAAGAUUUGACAGUGGAGACAAGGAUGCUGAUGCAACUUCAGAAACAUCAAGGUGUCCUACUCCAGGUUGUGAUGGUUCAGGACAUAAAUCUGGAUUAUUUGCCUCCCACAGAAGUCUCUAUGGAUGCCCAAGGAGAGUUUCUGUGGAGAAAAGCAAAGAUGGUAAAGCUUCAGGAGAUGACAAUGGAGCAAGAUGUCCAACUCCAGGAUGUGAUGGUACUGGACACAGAACAGGGUUGUACACAUCACACAGAAGUCUUUCAGGUUGUCCCCUAGCCACAGCCCAGAAGCAGGUUUCUCGUCAGUGCAGAAGUCCACCAAAUACUCCACCACACAAGAAGAGCCGCCCACAAAAAUGCAUUCUUACAGACAAGACAUUACCUCAAGAAAGUCCCACAUCUCCAGACUCAGGCAUUUCUUCUGCAUCCAGCACUGAAGAUAGCUCAGUCAAGAAAGAACUGAAUUUUGAUUCAGACACCAAAGAUUCACCUGUACAUUUUACAUUUCCCAAGAGUAAGCCUCCCAGAAUGAAAUCUGAGUCCCCAUCUGUGACCACUCCCACUGAUUCCCUCCCAGCAUUGUCUAUGCCGAGUGUGAUCUCAGCAACAACUGCUGUGGCUGUGGCAAACUCGGUCAUGCGUGUUGAGCGGGCUCCCAUCUCCAAGGAAGUGUCCUCAAUGGAGUGUGCAACAGAGGAAUCUGAAUAUGGAAUUACGAAAGGGCCAGUUGAUGCAGCUAAUGGUGAUGAUGAUGAUGAGGAGGAGGAAGAGGAGGAGUUAAGUUCUGAUGAGAUAUGCUUGGAGGCUAAAGAAGUUGUCCAGUACACUUCUUCAGAGAGUUCUUCUGAGGAAGAUGAUGACAUCAGAGAGGAUGCUGAUGACUCUGAUUAUGGAGGAGGGAGAAGUGCUUCCAAGUUGAUUGGUUGUCCAACAGAGGGUUGUGACGGAUCAGGACAUGUGAAUGGCCGUUUUUCCAGUCACCGCCGUCUCUCUGGUUGUCCAAGAGUGGUGAGGAACAUGCCUCUUCCGAAAACCCCUGUUAAACGCGAAUUUGGAUCGGAUGGGAAACCUAAAGAACUUCUCAGUUGUCCAACUCCAAACUGUGAUGGAAGGGGACAUGUGUCAGGGCAGUAUGCAACGCACAGGAGUUUGUCAGGGUGUCCACUUGCAGCCAAAAUGCAGCAACAGGAACACCAAGAAGUUAGGUACAUGUGCCCUACCAUUGGUUGUGAUGGAACAGGUCAUGUGACUGGGAAGUAUGCUUCACACAGAAGUUUGUCAGGUUGUCCCCUGGCUCCUAAGCUUGCUCUUCAAAAUGCUGAAGGGAGUCCGCAGUCGGAUAAAGUCGGUCCUAUGUGUCCUACUCCCGGAUGUGACGGGACAGGACAUUCUAGCGGUCAAUUUAGUACCCACAGGAGUUUAUCAGGCUGCCCUCUGGUUUCUCCUUCGGAGAAGAAAGUCCUCAUGAGACAGGAAGCAGAGUCCAAAUUGUUGGCUCAGGCAAGCGCCAGGUCUCCAGAUGUCAAGCUGGUUAAAAUCCGAUCGGGCAAAGCUCAACAAGAAAUUGAAAAAGUGCGCGCCUUGGAUAAGGAGAUCGACGUGCUUCAGUCGUCUAACGAGGAAUGCGAGAAACUCAAUAAGGAGCUUGACUCAGAGAUUAGCAAACUGGAACAACGCUUGACAGUUUGUAAGGAGGAGACGGCAAGUGACCGACACAGGACAGGCGUUGUGGAAACCAAACUUGCCGUGGUGCAGACGCGUUUUAUCGCCUCACUGUCCCAUGUCCAGGUGCCAGACAUUGGUGUGAAGCUCACCUUUGAUUCCAUGGAUACAUAUAUUGAAAAAUUACAGCAAAUAAUUGAAGAAAAUGCAACAGAUUACAAGGAGCUAAUUGCAGAUAUCAAAGAAGCAUUGGCAGAUUUUAAGUGUUAAGAUACAGAAUAAGAUAUACGAAAAGAUUAAUUAAAACCUAUAAUUCAUAAUUAUUAGAUACUUAGGUUAUGUUAUGUAUGGGAAUGUUAAAUGAAUUGCCAAGAAAUUAUUAAUUAUUAGUACCAGAGAAGUUAAGAAUUUUAUCAUGAUAAUUAUCUCAAAGUCCGCUAACUACAUAUCUUUUAAAAUACUACAGUAACGGUUGGAGCCUCGACUGAGGUUUCGAAAUGUAUUUACACAUUUUGUAUUAUUUUAUCCUCUAAGAUAAGACCCCUUUUCACAAUGGUUUUGCUCUUUUAAUUCUUUUCGUGUUGUUACUUCUGUGACAACCACAGUAUUUCGUGUCCCUAAUAAUCCUAUUUAUGCACUAUUUAUAACCACACUAUUGAAACCCAUAUUAUAUUAUCCUCCUCUUUAUUUACAUGUCGCUUGCUUCAUCCAUUGCGUUUACCUUUAUGUUUGUCUUUCACUUCACUUAUUAUAAGAGAUAUAAGAGGAAUAUUGCAUUUAAAUAUGUGGUUAAAUUUUAGCAAACUUUUGGCGGUUGUAACUCCUUUUAAUUCCUCUGAUUUCCAAGCUUGUUUGUUUGACUUGUUUAACUUUUUUUGUUGUUGUUUUUUGACGCUUUAACCCCUUAAAGUGUUACUUUAAUACAUAAUCUUGCAAAUAGAUUCUGAGAACAGAUAAGCUAAUCCGCCAGAGGGUGUGAUCUUGAUAGAAUACCAAAUUCUUUAUGGCAAUUUACUGGAAAAUUUGUGGCGCUCAGAAGGGAGAAUUACUUAUCGAUUCAUGGGAGUUCAUGGGUUAAGGAUGCACAUCGUCCUAUUGCCUCUCCUCUUCACUCAGUGGAAGAGAAACCUGUCUAAAUAAUUAAACGCAUAAGUUGUUAUUGUAAAUAGAAUGUAUGAAUUUAUGAAAUUUAGAGGUGAAUUUUAUUCUACAUUUCUUUUUAUAUUCUGUGGCUCGGGAUAGGUUUUUUGUGGCCUGGGUAAUCGUCUAUUCAUUCACUUUAAAGGGGCAAUUUUCUGAAUUUUAAAAAUUUAAUUGAAAAUUAUGAAUGGGUUAAAAAAAAUUGUUUUUCAGGUUAAGUACUUUAGGAACUUGCGUCUUCAACGCUUAGUUUUACCAUUUUUAACUUAGAACUUUGCAUCUUUACUUUAUUAACUGGUGCAUUUUCCCCUCACCAAAAGCACACAACAAAAUAGUAAAUGAAAAGCUUUAUCUCAAAUGUAAAUAUUUACGUCUAAAACGUCCGAUUUAUAAUUUACAAAAUAUAUAGUAUUAAAAACUACUAUAAGAGUUGUUUAAUAUAUUAUUUAUUUGAUGAGCAUGUUGAUUAUUCCUUAUACACGUGACUCGCAGAAACCUAAUCAGAGAUAUAGAUCGUUAUAGGUUAUCUUGAUUGCAAUAGCUCUUCAGAAUAUAAAAAUUUGAUUACAUAAAGUAAUAGAUAAUGUGUAGUUGGUGUUAUAAUUGCUAUCUCUAGAUAGUGUUUCGUUACUAAAGAUCAUAGCCCAGUUGUUCAAAGGAUGGAUAAUUCUAUCCCACGGAUAAAUCGCGGAUAAGUGUCAACACAAGAUACUGCGCUAACCACCGGAUAGAGAUUUAUUCAGCGGAUACUAGCGUUAUCCACCUAUCGAACCACCGGGGCCAGAAGACAUUAUAGCGUGACGUUAUGUCCGAAUACCCUAGAGCGUGACGUCACAUCAUCUGGGGAGCUUAGUUAUGUGAUCUUUUUUUGGUUUACACGGACUCGAGGGUUUGAAAGUCACUCCAAGCUACUCGUGGCCGUAAGAAAUAUUAAUAUAUUAAAGGCAGAAAUAAGAGAUAUUAUCAACAGAAAGAGGUCAGUUUCUAAGUUCAAAACUUAAUUUAAAUUCCUAUAUUUAAAGCAAUCCUUUCCAUAUUUAACCAGUUUAUAUCAAGUCUAAGUUGUAACCGUAACUCUGUUUGGAUGACUCCUCAUUGAAACGUGUGUGAACAUUAUACCUUCUGUUCAUUUAUUAUUUAUCAGUGUUAUUUAAUUUUAUUUAUGAAAUUUUCUAAGAGUGUACUUUGUCGAAAAAGAAGUCGAGUUUCAAGAAUGACUGAGCUCAUAAAAUGUGAAAACUAGUUUUUUGUUAUUGUUGUUGUUGUGCUAAUUUUCUUUGUUAGCUAGUCUUGAGGAUGUGUUAGCAGUGUUUGUACCGUAGUUGAUAAUUUUCUUGCUUCUACUUACCUUUUAGUCCGACAGUGUAUUGAAGUUGUAAGAGAGAAGUAAGGUAUUGAUCACUCUUAGUACCAAAAUGGUCGAUAGUAAUCAAGCAAAGUGAGGUGUCAUCCAAAGCAAGAGCUCUAAUUUUUUUUUAAUUUCAUUUUAUUCUCAUAAAACAAAUUGCUUUGUCGAACGGAACUCUCACGUUAUAAGUUCUUGAUUUGUCCGCAAGGUUUCAGCGAGGUACCGCUGAACAUAAAGACUAUGAUGCAAUUUUCAAUUGGGUGUCGAAUGUAAACCGUGUUUUUUUGGUUAUUUGCUUUGUUUUAUUCUAUGGGCCAGACAUCUUUUCAGCCAAUCAAUUUGACGGCUAAGACUAGACGAGAUUUGCUCACUCGCUUGUUUCUACGCUUGAGACAUGUCGUGUAUAUCCUUUGAGUACUCAUUGGCUAAGUCUGAUGUUAACCUUCAAUUUGAUCGGCUUUUGUGAUUGUUUUGUUAAUUUUUUUUCUUUCGACACUCAAUCGAAGAGAGCUCCUCUAAAAGUAAUUAAGAUAGCGGUAACUACCAUCUGUUUACUCGUUUGAAUUACACCGGCUAUCACACUUGUACCGUCGGACAAUGUGAACCUCCGGUGAUCGAAGAUCCUAACCCACUUGAAACACAAACAGCAAGUUAAUCCUUGUUUAACACUCGUAGAGUACAAGAUAACGAGUCGCCGCUGGAUAAGGAAUUAUCGAUAUUUGAAAUUCUCAGACAAUAAUUUUUUUUAUUAUUUUAAUAUGUAAAUGAACGGUUGAGUUUCAGCAAACCGUCGUGUCAGUUCAGUAUCAACAGUUGGAUUCUCCCAACAAUGUUGGUACAUGUUUUGCAAUCCCUCUUGGGAGGAUUGUUGUUUUGGUCAAGGGUUUGAUCUGGCUCUGAAUCUGCCACGGAGAAGCUAUACAUUGAUUGUUGUAGGGCAUUGAAGGCUCAGCUAGAGCCCUAAUGUAAGUCUUAUAUAGACGUAUUUUUUAGUCAAAAUGGAAUUGUCUAAGUGAAUCUAUGUGAAUUUAUAUCUAAAAAUAAACUUCCGUAAAAACUCAAAGGAGAA